UAUAUUGGUAAUGCUAAGAUAGGACCUUGAAAUAGACAAGAAUCUGGAAUAUAAUGAAUCCAUGAUUAAAGGAUUUCCAUUACUUGAUAUUGAAGUUUUGUUAAUCUCAAAAGAAAUCUAAAAAAGUAUGCUUUUAUAUGUUCAUGUUCAUGUUCAUCUCCUCAAAUUCCUCAAGUGUCUUGUUCUAUUCUCAUUCCCUUGAUUGUACCGCAAUAUUGUGUUCUUUGUUCUUCGAUGGAACGCGAUGAGGGAAAACAAUCACCUCAAAAGAAUCCAUACACAGAACUUGAGGAAGUUAGCUCUGACUUUCUUCUAGCAAUUGGCUUGCAAGAACAAGAGUUAGAGAGAACAACAGUCACAAAUCUAGCAACAAUUGAAAGUGAAAGUGAAGAAGAAGAUUCAUCAAGUGAAUCUUCUUUCAUUAAUGAUGAUAUUGGUGAUGCCGAUUUUACUUUGAGCCAGGAAUUCGAAGCCGAUCUUCGGUUUCUUGAAGACGAAGAAAGCAAUAUCGACGACGACGAGGACUACGACGAGGAUGAAAUGGAUAUAGAAGAAGACGACGUUGAUCCCGAUGAAUUAUCGUACGAAGAGUUGCUUGAGUUAGGAGAGUUUAUAGGAGAAGAAGCUAGAGGAUUAUCAAGAAAGGAAAUUUCUACUUGCUUAAAUCCUUAUACUUGCAAAACUUCUGAAACCAAAAGUGGAAUAGAUCUUUGUGUGAUUUGUCAGAUUGAAUAUGAAGAAGGUGAAGCUUUGGUUGCACUUCAUUGUGAUCAUCCUUAUCAUAGAGAUUGCAUAAGCAAAUGGCUUCAAAUUAAGAAGGUUUGUCCAAUUUGUAGCAAUGAAGUUUCAACUCCAAACAAGGAUAAGAACAUUUGAUGACUUAUUAAGAUUUUUAAAUUUAUGUGUUUAAAGUUAUUGUAAUAUUCAUUUGAAUGAAAAACUAUAGUUGAAAAAUAAAUAAUAUUGAAGCUAGCUUUGUAUCUAUACAAAAAAUAUCAACAAAAUUUAAAUUC